AAAUGGAAUCUCUACUGUGUCGGAGGAGGAUGAACAUAGCCAUGGUGCUAAUAAUAACGUUGACGUGGCUCGGUGGCACGUGCGGGCAGUUCGAGGAACAACUAUUCGAAGUUGGUAAGCUUGAGAUGUUCGUUGACGACCUCCCAGAUAUGCCUAGGCUCCGUGGCUUCCGCUCUGUUCAUGGCGUCCAUAAAUCCGUUUCUCUUCAAAUCGGCAUGUUCUUGACCAAAUGGAAAUUCCAUAGAGAUUUGCCUCCGACACCUGUGUUUGCAUACGGUACAUCGCGGAGCAGGGCAACAGUUCCUGGUCCAACGAUCGAAGCCGUUUAUGGAGUAGACACAUACGUGACGUGGCGAAAUCACCUCCCUUCGUCACACAUCCUCCCUUGGGACCCCACAAUCUCCCCCGCGACCCCUAAAAACGGUGGAAUUCCCGCGGUGGUUCACUUGCACGGCGGAAUCCACGAACCGUCCAGCGACGGAAACGCCGACGCAUGGUUCACCGCCGGUUUCAGAGAGACGGGACCGAAAUGGACCAAAACGACGGCGCAUUACGAGAACAAUCAACAGCCUGGUAACAUGUGGUACCACGACCACGCCAUGGGUUUGACGAGAGUCAACCUCCUCGCCGGUUUGUUAGGCGCAUACGUACUCCGCCACCACGCUGUCGAAUCUCCUCUCCGGCUACCCACCGGCGACGAAUUCGACCGGCCGUUGGUCGUUUUCGACCGGAGCUUCCGUACCGACGGUUCGAUUUACAUGAACGCCACCGGAAACAACCCGUCGAUUCACCCGCAAUGGCAACCGGAAUAUUUCGGCGAUGCGAUCAUCGUUAACGGAAAAGCUUGGCCGAGGUUAACCGUCCGUCGUCGGAAAUACAGAUUCCGCAUCAUAAACGCUAGCAACGCCAGAUUUUUCAGAUUCUUCUUCUCCAACGGUCUCGAUUUCUUCGUCGUUGGUUCCGAUUCGGCGUAUCUGUCGAAACCGGUGACGACGAAGUCAGUUCUCUUGUCUCCGUCGGAAAUCGUCGACGUCAUCGUUGAUUUCUCAAAAUCGCCGUCGCGUAUGCCGGUGCUCGCCAACGACGCGCCGUAUCCUUACCCGAGUGGUGACCCCGUCAACGAAGAAUCCAGCAAGGUCAUGAAAUUCAUCAUCAACGAUGAGUCUGUGACUGACACGUGGACUAUUCCGAAGAAGCUCAUUGAUUAUCCGUCUGCUGACGUGUCAAACGCCGUCCUCACGCGUUACAUCUCCAUGUACGAAUACGUUAGUGACUCGGACGAGCCAACUCACUUGUAUGUUAACGGCUUGCCCUACGAUGCUCCCGUGACGGAAACUCCAAAAUCAGGAACCACCGAGGUGUGGGAAGUGAUUAAUUUGACGGAGGAUAACCAUCCGUUACACAUCCACCUGGGACUGUUCAAAGUGGUGGAGCAAACGGCGUUACUAACAGCGGGAUUGGAGGAGUUCAAGGAGUGUAUGACGGAACACAAUGACGCCGUGAAGUGCCAGAUCAGCAAAUACGCACGUGGAAAAAAGACGGCGGUGACGGCGCACGAGAGGGGUUGGAAGAACGUGUUCAAGAUGAUGCCGGGACAUGUUACGAGGAUACUGGUUCGGUUUUCUUAUAUCCACACCAACGCAUCUUACCCGUUUGACCCGACCCAAGAACCCGGCUACGUCUACCAUUGUCACAUAUUGGACCAUGAGGAUAAUAUGAUGAUGAGGCCGCUCAAGAUCAUCAAG